AUGGCCGGAGAACCGACUAGCUGGCUCCAAAACUUGGGCAUCGCCAUUGAGAUAUUCUGUCCUGCCCUUUCCCUCAUCGUCACUGCCCUGAGGCUGUAUAUCAGAAUCGACACGAAGAAUCUUGGAUGGGGCAUAAAAGAGCUUUACAUCGGCAUACACUAUUGGGAUGUCCCACAGCCCAUGGACCCCAGGAAGGGUAUGCUGUGGAUUUUCAUCGUCGGCACCAUAUAUAACCCCAUACUGGCUCUUGCGAAGCAGUCGGUCCUCAUCUUCCUGCUGAGAUUCUCUGGAGUAAAGAAUGUGGUCCGGAAUGUCAUCUGGGCCACCGCAACUUUCAACAUUGCGCUGAUGAUUGCUACUUUUUUGGUCCUCAUCUUCCAAUGUACGCCAGUUGAGGCGACUUGGAACAAGGCAAUCGCCGGCAAGUGUAUUGACGGGUUCGCUUUCGCUGUUACAGCGGGAAGCUUGACAGUCCUCACUGACAUCAUCAUUGUUGGACUUCCGUUCUAUGUUUUUCUUGGGCUCAACAUGAACAAGAAAAAGAAGAUCGGGUUGAUGGUAGUGUUCGCAUUGGGUAUCGCUGUCACCGCCGUCAGCGUCGUUCGUCUUUAUUUCCUCGCCGUAAAUUUUACCGACAUGAGCCCAGAUAAGAAUUUCUCCCUUGGCUUUUGCGUGUCACAGAUCGAGUGCAGCCUGGCUAUUAUCACCGCUUCCGCCCCUGCCCUAUGGCCCCUCGUCCGUCGAUGGAUGCCACAACUUAAGUCUACGAAAGAUUACGAGUAUUAUAACCGCAAAUACCACACUGGUCAGCAGGGUUGGAUAAGAACAGCCGAUGGUCCCAGCACAGUGCCGGAUGCUGGGGACUCUAUCGGGAUGAAUAAUAUGAGUGGAAGACGGGUCCAGACUGAGGUACGGUCUAAUACUGGGCCGUUCCCGCAUGAUUCGGAUGAAGAGUUGAUGAAGGGUACGGGUAUUAUGCGGACUACCAAUUUCGUCGUUACCAGCGAGGUUGACUCUACACGUAAUACAAUGGUCCACGACGGAAAGGUGACGUAG